AUGCUUCCGCGACCCAACUUGAGCUUUACGCUCCCUAGCAUUCACGAUAAUACCAAACUCGACUGUCGCAUCUACCAUCCAAUACGCUCUAAUCAGUCACUUACACUGUCCGAUCCAUCAUGGCCUCGACAUGCUGCCGUGGUUGCCCACCCAUACGCACCACUCGGAGGAUCCUACGACGACCCAAUUGUACUUCUUGUGACUAGCACACUACUCCAUCUCGGUUUCGUAGUCGCGACAUUUAAUUUCAGGGGCGCCUCGUCCUCCAACGGUCGCACAUCGUGGACAUCAAAGCCUGAACGAGCCGAUUACAUGUCUGUCACCGGAUUUCUCGUUUAUUACCUGCACUAUUUGAGCGCCCCCCAGAACCAACUGCGCCCUAUCGAAACAGAUGAGAACUCGGCUUCAACUUUGUUACUUGCUGGAUAUUCAUACGGCGCCAUGGUGACGCUCCAACUUCCCCCUCUCGAUUCCUACCUGUCUCACUUCGCCUCGCCUGCCACACAUACCGCCUUCGCAGACAUUCGACUGCGAGCACAACACCUUGCCGAAGAGCAGGUGAUCAUGUUUACUACUCCCGCCUCGCCGAGAAAGUCGUUGGGAAUGCGUGUCGGUGGUAAUGAGGAUAUAUCACCAAAAGCCCGUGAUAAACAAAGAGCACAUUCUCCGGACCCAGAAGAGAAGAUACGGAGAGGUGUUAGAGACAUAUUAUCUCGGAUAUCACCUCCAUUAGGCUUCGUUACGAAUUUAGCAACUAUGUCCUUUUCAAAUCUCUGGGCGAAGAAAAAGAAAGGUGGCCCUGCCAAAAACCACGAAGACGACAGGAAGCGGGAAGAAGGUGAGGCUGAGGCCGAGGCGAAAUUUACGGCAAACCCUACUCUUGCUAUAUAUGGGGACCAAGAUAGUUUCUUAUCUAUGAAGAAAAUGCGUGAUUGGGCUACGCAGCUAAGUGGUGCUGAAGGAUCUCAGUUCCGCUACGUAGAGGUUUCAACCGCCGGACAUUUCUGGAUAGAACACGGCGUUGCACAUGAACUUAGAGAGGCUAUUUACUCCUUUUCGGCUGGACUUGUAAAGGGUUGA